ACGACUGCAGGGUACCUGCAACUGGAUAUUGGAACGCCCCGAGUUUCACGAUUGGAGGGAUACAGACUCAGAGGUGGCCAAAGUGCUGUGGAUUUAUGGGCACGCUGGAUAUGGAAAGACGAUGUUGUGCACAAGAGUUAUCACCGAUCUAGAAGCCAACUUCCCACACUUCCCACUCGCAUACUACUUUUUUUCAUCUCAAUCUGAAAGUCGCGCGGACCCUUUCAUUGUCGUCAGAUCCUGGAUCUCUCAAAUAAUCUUGAAAAAGGAAAGGCAUGGAGAAGCAAAACAUACUUGUGCGUUCAAUCUAGCGCGCGAGCGAUGGGAGAACACAGAUGGACGGCCCGCCUCGCAGGCCGAGAUCAUGGAGCUUUUUGCGGCAAUCGCCCAGAGUACACCCAACUGUGUUUUCAUUGUUGAUGGUCUUGACGAGUGUACGGGUACCCGAUACUCCCUGGAAGAAUUUAUGGCAUCUCUCAAGCAAGCUGUCUCUAACAGCAAGUCGCGGCUUAUUAUCUUCAGCCGCAACGAAUCAGAUAUUAGGAACGGCUUGCGUGUAGAAGUAAGCAGCAAUGCAUGGGACUUGAUAGAGUAUUGUAUAAGCCCCGACGACGUGAAGCCCGACGCUACGCUAUUCUCGCAUAGCAUUGUCAACCGGCAGUUACAAAAUAAAGACAAAUCCGACCGUGAAUAUCUCGCAGAUCGGAUGGCCGAUCGGUUCGACUCGAUGUUCCUAUGCAUCAAAAUGCUAGAGGAGCAGCUACGAGGCGGGAAGAACGUGAGACAACUACAGAAAGUAGUCGAGCAAGCCCCUACAAAUUUAGCUAAUCUUUAUGAUCACAGUUGGGCAAGAAUCAUGAAACUACCAGAUGCCGAUAGAAUCCGAGCUAUGGCAAUUAUAAGAUGGGCCACAUUCGCAUUACGUCCGAUGACAGUUAGGGAGAUCACAGGCGCGUUGCUUCUUGCUGACGUGGAAUGCGAUGACAUAUCAGAAAGACUUCCUGAUGCUAUUGACAAGGAAUAUAUCGCAACCGAAAUCCUGGGUCUUUGUGCAUCUCUUGUUGAGACUCGGGGACCAAACUCGGAUUUCGGGUUGCUGACCGUCCACUUGACGCAUUUCUCAGUCAGAGAUUAAGAUCCUCGAACGAGGCAAUGCAAAACAACAUUUUGGCAAUAACAUGCCUCCGCUACCUGAACUGUGAUGAAGUUUGGGAAAAGUCACAUCAAGGAGAAGAGGGCGAUGUCAUCCAAGCAUUCCAACAGUACGCCGCAUUUUUAUGGCAUAACCAUGUCAAGCCAGGCACAGCCAACUCGAAGAAUGUGAUUGAAUACGUCAAUGCCUUUUUCCAUCCAUCUUGCAGCAAUUGGGAAGAAUGGAGAAAGGUAGUCGAUGCUGCCCCGGAAGACAACCUGUUAAAAUAUGAGGGGAGUAUUCAAUCAGGAAGUCGACUAUUCUACGCAUCGUUACUAGGUCUCCUAGAUACUAUUUUAUAUCUGACCGGAAAUGCCAGAUUAGAUAUAGACUAUGUGGAUGCGUCUAGUCGUACAGCUUUACUUGCGGCUGCCUUCAAAGGGUGGAAGUUGGGAUGUAUCCGGCUUCUGGAGGAAGGGGCCGAUCUAACAGUUCCAGAUAAAGAUAGGUGGGCGCCACUCCAUAUGGCCUCAAGUAAAGGCCACCUUGAAAUAGUCAGGCUACUGCUCGAGAAAGGGGCCGA